AUGCUUGCUUCACCUAGGAGGUCAAGGCCAAUCUCCUCAAAAAUAUCUCAAAAAUAUUGCUCCCAGGUAACAUUUGAAGAGAACGACCCUCGAGAUCCUAUCAACUUUCCUAAAUGGCUUAAAUGGGCAAUAACAAUCACGGCCAGCAUGUUUACCUUACUCGCAUCCGCAAAUGGUGCGACCUAUACUCUCGGUUUCGACACUAUGACGGUCGACCUCAAUUGCACAACGUUUCAGGCCACCAUCGGCGUUGCGAUGUAUUGUUUAGGUUUCGGAAUCGUGCCACUCUUUAGCGCUUCAUUCAGCGAGGAGUUUGGCCGGCGCCCACUGUAUGUGGUCUCGAGUGUUGGCUUCAUGCUGAUGCACAUUAUGGCUGCCCUGUCACAAAACGUCUCGACCGUGAUUGUAGCCCGUUUCCUGAGUGGCGCAUUCGGGUCAACUGGGAGUACCAUGGUGGGAGGUUCGAUAGCUGACAUUUGGAGACCGUACGAGCGAGGAACACCAAUGUCUAUAUUCACACUGACAGCCAUCUCCGGCGUCGCUGUUGGCCCUGUGGCCGCAGGCUGGAUCGAUAUGGACCCCCGUCUGGGGUGGCGAUGGAUUCAGUGGAUUCACGCUAUCGCUGCUGGCCUUCUAUGCUUUGGCAUUUGGAUAUUCAUGAAAGAAACCCGUGGGUCCAUUAUUCUUACCCGCUUGGCAAAGAAAACAAGAAAGGAAACGGGCGACACCAGGUACAGGGCCCGUGCAGAGGACGAGACGGCGAGUUUGAAGACGUUGAUUUGGAUUUCAUCGACGAGGCCGUUCUAUUUGUUGAUCUCAGAGCCGAUUGUUGCGGCGUGUAGUCUCUGGAUCGGAUUCGCAUGGGGCAUCCUCUACUGUAUGAUUGAGUCAAUAGGCUCCGUAUUUCGCGACUUGCAUGGCUUCAACACCGGCGAGAUGGGAACCGCGUUCUUGGCUGUUCUCGUUGGGGUCAUCUUUGGGUUUGCGAGCACAUUACAUCAGGAGAGACUGUAUCAGAAAUAUGUGAAGACUCGUGGAUCCGAAGCUCGCCUGUACUGGGCCUGCGCUGCGGGCAUCAUGUUCCCAGUGGGGAUGUUUAUCUAUGCAUGGACAACAUUCCCUUAUGUCCCUUGGAUAGCACUCUGCAUCGGAAUUGCCAUCGUAAUCUGGGCAAUUUACAUCAUGUAUAUGGCUGUUUUUGUUUACCUCGCUGAUAUCUACGGGCCCUUCGCUUCUUCUUCCCUCGCCGGCCAGUCCCUCUGCCGUAACCUGAUGGGCAUGGCCUUCCCGCUCUUCACGAACCAGAUGUUCGCCGCAAUGACGUACAAGUGGGCGAACACGCUGUUCGGAUGUUUGGCGGCGCUGAUGGCGCCCAUUCCGUUUAUCCUGCUCUUUUAUGGACCUAAAAUUCGAGAGUAUAGCAAGUUCGCCAGACAGGCGAUGCACAAUUGA